UGUCCGUUUCCCAGGUGUAUAAGAAGCGUCGUUAACUUUAGCUCAUCAUCAGUUAGCCGUUCUACCGUGAGUGAACAACUAUCAGUUUAUUCUAGUGGUGCAUUUGUGUUUAGCUUGUGUUCAAAAUAUCCAGCAUGAUGAAAACACACUUUGUAGUGUUGGCGUCGCUCGCGACAUUGGCACUGGCCAGACCCGAAGCUGGAUACUCUUACAGCUCACCAUCCUCGUCAGGUGGCUACUCUGGAAGCACCGGCCUGAGCUUCUUGGGCGGCGGUGGCGGCGGUGGUUACUCAGGCGGUGGCUCCAGCGGUUACGCUAGCGGAAGCUCCGGCUACGCCAGCGGUAGCUCCGGUUACUCCAGCGGCCCAAUCAGCACUGGUUACUCCAGUGGCCCGGUCAGCUCUGGUUAUUCCAGCGGCCCAAUCAGCUCUGGUGGAUAUUCUGGCGGUGGACACUCAGGCGGUGGUUCCGGAUACUCUAGCGGUGGUUCUGGAUUCUCCAGCGGUGGUUCCGGAUACUCCAGCGGUGGUUCUGGAUUCUCCAGCGGUGGUUCUGGAUUCUCUAGCGGUGGUUCCGGAUUCUCAUCUGGCUUCAACUACGCCCCGGCCGCCCCAGUCGUCCAGAAACACAUCUACGUGCACGUUCCACCCCCAGAACAAGAAUACGUCGCACCCCAACAAAUCCAACAGGUCGCCCCACCCCAGAAACACUACAAGAUCAUCUUCAUCAAGGCCCCAACCCCACCAACCCCAACCGCCCCGAUCAUACCACAAGUACAACAAGACUCCGAGAAGACCUUGAUCUACGUUUUGGUCAAGAAACCCGAAGACCAACCACAAAUCUCCAUCCCGACACCGGCACCAACCACGCCAUCCAAACCGGAAGUAUACUUCAUCAAAUACAAGACCCAAAAGGAAGCCGGCGGUUACGCUGGCAGCUCCGGCUCGUCCAGCUUCAGCGGACCCACAUCGGCUGGUGGCUACAGCGGUGACUCAGUCGGCCAUUCCGGCAUCUCAUCCCUGUCCUCCAGCGGCCCAGGCUCCAGCUACUCUAGCCCAUCGGCGAGUUACGGAUCCCCGAGCGCCAGCCCAUCGGCCAGUUACGGUGCCCCAAGUUCCGGCGGAUCUUACUAGGGUGCUCCAGACGAACGUGAUUUUAUAAUAUAUUGUCAUCCUUGCGUACACGCUUCGCGCCGACGACCGCGGGAAACCGUUGAUUGUUACUUUUCCACGGUCGAUGAAUAUUUCAAGAAGCGUGGCCACCCUCCACUCACAAUGCUCCCCCAAACAUCCCCUCCCCAUAUCUCCUUAAUACUACAUCCCUAUCCUCAAUUCCGGUGCUCCUCCCUCCCAAAAAAUGCGAUUGUAACAUAUUAUAUAAUAUCCAUGUAAACUAUUUUAUUUGUGUUUUAUAUUUUUUAUUUUUUUUUUAACGAAAAUCGCGAUUUUAUAUUAUAUUUUUAUUAUUUUUUUUAUUAGACUCAAGCUCAAUUUCUAAACGCGUACAUGCAAUAUAAUACGCUAUCGUAAUUUUAAUAGCUGACUUAUAUUAGAACACAUAAUAAUUAUAAUAAUAUUGUUGUCAUGAUUUAUAUUAAUACGAAAUAUACAAUUCAAUUUUUUUAUAAUUUUCA